AUGGCCAAUGUCACCUUGGUGACAGGAUUUCUUCUUAUGGGGUCUAAUGUCCAGAAGAUGCAGAUUUUAUAUGGUGUGCUCUGCGUCCUGAUUUACCUGGCAGCCUUCAUGAGUAACCUUCUCGUCAUUACUGUCAUUACCCUAGAUGUAAAGCUCCAAACACUCAUGUACUUCUUCCUGAAGAACUUAUCCUUUUUGGAUAUCUUUCUGUUGUCUGUUCCAAUUCCAAAAUUCAUUGUCAACAACCUGACCCACAACAAUUCCAUUUCCAUUCUAGGAUGUGCCUUCCAGCUACUUUUAAUGACUUCCUUCUGAGCAAGUGAGAUAUUUGUCCUCAUUGCCAUGUCUUAUGACCACUACGUAGCCAUCUGCUGUCCCUUGCACUACGAGGUAAUCAUGAAUAGUGAUGUCUGUGCGUUAAUGGCAAGUGUUUCCUGGGCCAUUGGAGGGCUCUUUGGUGCUUUGUACACAGCUGGCACAUUUUCCAUGCCUUUCUGUGGCUCCAGUGUGAUCCUAUAGUUUUUCUGUGAUGUUCCUUCAUUACUUAGGAUUUCCUGCUCUGAAGCACUCAUGGUAAUGUAUCCAGGUAUUGGAGUUGGUACAUAUUUAAGCAUUUCUUGUUUCAUCUGUAUUGUGAUCUCUUACAUUUCUAUCUUCUCCACCGUGCUGAAGAUUCCUACCACUAAAGGUCAGUCAAAAGCUUUUUCCACAUGCCUUCCCCAUCUCAUUAUUUUCACAGCUUUUAUCAUAACUGCGUUUUUUGUUUAUUUGAAGCCACCCUCAAAUACACCAUCUGUUACUGACAGGCUGCUUUCUGUGAUCUAUACUGUGAUAUCUCCAGUAUUUAACCCUGUAAUCUACAACCUGCGGAACAAAGACAUGAAACAUGCUCUAAUAAGGUUGUUGCAAAAAAUAUAUAGUCAGGAAGCUUACUUCAUUUAACACUUUCAAGUUCUGUCAAUGAGACAGUGCCUUACAGAUCACAAGAAACUUUCCUUAUUUUUAACUUGGGAAAGACCAGAGAAAAGAAAGCAACAUACUCACAUUUUUUUUCCCUGAAGAAAAACUCA